AUGGCCGGCUGGGACGAUCUUUCGCUGUGCGCCAAACAAGAAAUCAUUCAGCGAUUGGAAUUUCGGACCAGGUAAAAUCGCUUCAUUAAAGCAGACUUGCCAGAUUUCGGGCCGGCCAUGCGGGCCGGCCCGGGUCGGCCCGGGCCGGGCCGGGCCGGGCCGGUAAAGUGCCGGCCCGGGCCGGGCCGGGUCGGUGAAGUGCCGGCCCGGCCCGGCCCGGUCGGCCCGGUUCAAAAAGGCGGGAAUUCAAAUGUUCGCGGAAAUUUUUCGUUAUUACAAAAAAAAUUUUUCGAACUAAAGUUUUAGUGUUUCUUCUUUGUUUUUUUGCUAUUAUGAAUUUUUUUAUGAGAAAUACAUUUGUUUUUUUCAAUGUUCGAUGCUUGCAAAAAAACCCCUAAUUCUACAAAAAAAAUGGCUUCAUGCGAUCAAUAAUUCAAAUUUUUGAAUUCCCGCUUUUUGAACCGGGCCGACCGGGCCGGGCCGGGUCGGGCCGGGCCGGGCCGGGCCGACAGGGCCGGGCCGGGCCGGAGUUUUUGGAAAUUUCGGCCCGGCCCGGCCCGGCCCGGCCCGGCCCAUGGCAACUAUGCAUUAAAGUUCGGCCAAUGCACUCGAAACUCGCUCGCAGAUUCCGUUUGCGACACGUGGCAAAGUCGACUCGAUUCGCCGUCGAUUCCACGCCACUCUUCAUUCCACGUGUCAACCUGGAAAUCAACAGAAACGAUAAUAUCAAAAUAACAGUCUACCUGGGCAUCGGCAAAUACAUCCAGUUGGAUUUCGCGAAACGGGGCAGAAACGAUUCGGUCAUCAAGUCGUACGUUUGUUUUUCUCCUUUUUCAGUAUUGCGAAUAUUUGAAAUGAGCAUGUGUUUUUUUUCUGGAUUUUCAGCACGAUUCGUGGCGCGAAAGUGAACAGAAAGACAGUGAACAAGAGCAAGAGCGUUCCGCAAAUCAGCCCGCUCACGCUGGCGUUCACCUGCUUCAAAACAGUGACAAUGCUCGCGGAAACUACGCUCGGCGCCUUCGAAGUCUGCUGUCUGCUGCCUCCCUCACAAUUUAUGGACCUCGAAUCGCACCUGAGCGGCUCGAGGAUCCGCACCCAAGUGCUCAAAUUCAGCGGAUUCGCCGACGCGCUCUUCUUCUUUUACGUGGAUCAGACGUAUCUUCUGGAGGUCCAAGGUGUCGAUGGUGGCCAGAAAAUGAUCACGAGCACCAGAAAACUCAGGUUCCGAAGCAAGAAGCAUCACGACGGAUAUCCGGAAAACAACGGAUUCGGUGGGUUUCGGUUUCCUUGUGAUUAUCGAUUUUCGAUGAGAAACGCUGAAAACAUGCUGAAAACUUCAAAAAACGCGAAGUUUUUCCACCCGUUACAUCUAUGUUUUCAUCCGAUUCUCGCUAAUUUCAUAAUCCAUUUCAGACACGACGUACUGUUUCUCGAAAAGAGCGAAGAACGGAGCAGUGCCGGUGUUAGUGGAACGUGCCAAACGGAAGGGAUUUCGGGUCGCCGAGCCGUUAGUUUUUAUGGAUUUUUCAAGAAUAAUUUUAGAAUUGCAGCGAUCCGUAUGGUAUCACUUGGAUCCAACACAAUCCCAACUUCUUCAGCUACAUUCGCACAACCGAAUGUGGCGUCGUCAUCAGAAGACUGUCACGCAGGUUCGAGCCCGAGGUUUGGUUUUUUUUAACGAACAAAUGCAAAAAAGUCCGAUUUUUCCUUCGACUUUGUGACCAAUUUGAAUUUCCACCGCCAAAAGUGCGGUGUAGCUUACUUGAACUAUUGCAGGACAUGAGCGCGUGCGAAAUGCGAUGGACUUGCCCAAAACACGCGGAUCCGUUCGACCACUGGUACCAGAUGAACGUCGCAAAAGUUGGUGGCCGGGGCCUAGAAUUCCAUCAGUCUUUUUUCUUGCAGAACACCGAUGAAACGGCGGCGGAGCACAUGAUUCCGAUGAUCGACGGAGUGUGCCCGGUGCAAUUAAUCUAUGAAAGUCUGGGAAUCACCUACGAAAUAUUCAAGCAAAGAGUGGAAAACGAGGCGAUUUUGGGAAGAAGAAUGCAGGCGAUGAACGACUGGAAAAUUGGGUUCUGCGAGCGAUUUUUGACAUUUUUCGGCGAUGGAACUCUCGCGAAAACCUUCAUCAACAUCAUUGCACCGUUCAUCGAAAUUCCCUGCGUUUUGCUCUUUUUUUUCUGGAAAUUACAAAUCAAUUUCGGAUUUCUCUUUCUUGUUUCCGUUUUUCUCUCUGUUUUUGUCGUUUUUUGUGCUUUUACGCACGUUUACUUGUGAUUAAUAAAAGGGUUGUUCAAAAAGCCGACAUUUCCGUGCCUUUCUCUGCUCCAUUUGAGUGAAAAUUCACCAGAAUUUGUCAAGAAACAACAAGAGAAUCUCAAUUUUUCAGUGAAAGUGCAGCUUACUAUGCAAACACGCUCCAUUGCACUCGGCGCCAGUUGGCUUUAA